AUGGCGGCCGCGGUGUAACUUAGAAGUAGCCCAAAAACCUGCGACCAAUACAUUUUAACCCGCGACAUCGUUUUCAAAGUACACCAAUUUGGUCAUGGCAACCCUGUCAUCAGACAUGCAGGUAGCUGAGAACGCUCAACUCCGCCUCCAUAUAAGAAAACAGAGUUGCGCGUUCGUCAGCUAACAUGCAGAUAACUUGCAUAUCAGUUUCUACGUGGAAUACAUUGUUUUAAGUGCUGCUUAAACUUGGAUAGUUCACAUGCUCAUUCAUUACUCGAUGACCUGCACAAUCCACAGUUCCAUAAUACUAUAAAUGGUCAAAAAUAUUUCAGAUGGAGAUGAAUGACACUGACAGGUCCUAGCCACAGUACCCAUUAAGACCACCAGAUGGGGUAAUGGUGUUAAAUUAGCUGGACCAUCACAACAAGCCCUCCAAAACACUUAAUGUGCGGUCUAUUACUGACCUGAUGAUAAAUAAGCUUUAUAAUAUUUUGUGAAGAAAUAAGCUCUGUUCAAUAGCAACGACACCUGACAUUACAUUUUUGUUCGUAUUCCCAGCGGUUCCUGACAAACCUGAGGGACCUGGCCAGUCGUAUGUCUGGCGCGGGGGGCAAGGGAGCAGGAAUAGGUCUCAAGCUGCUCAUUGGGGCUGGAGCUCUGGCCUAUGGCGUCAAAGAGGCUACAUUCACAGGUAGGCCUAACCUAGCGUAUGGUAGUGAAAUGGGUAACACUAUUAUCACGAUCAUGAGUGCACCCCUCUAACGUUGUGUGAAAUGGUUUGUUCCCAGUGGAUGGAGGUCAGAGAGCGAUCAUCUUCAACAGAAUCGGGGGGAUGCAGAUGGACACAGUGCUGGCUGAGGGACUGCACUUCAGGUAGGCCUACACUGUCUGACUCUGUCCAGGGGUUUAUAAUGAAGCCAGGGUUGUUAUGUUCAGUUUGCUCGACUUAAUGCAAAGCUAAAUUCACAUGACCAUAUUGAAACUGAACUAUUUUUGUUGUUCUUCAGGAUACCAUGGAUCCAGUACCCCAUCAUCUAUGACAUCAGAGCAAGGCCCAGGAAGAUUGCUUCACUAACUGGAAGCAAAGGUACAUGAUUGCUGAAAUAGGGGGAUUCAUUGAAAUCCAGUAUGGAUACAUGUAGACCAAUACAUUAUGUCCAGCAGAUCAGUAAAGAUUUGAGGCUUUCAGAUCAGUAAAGAUAGAAGAUACAGCCCUGACUUCUCUCUCCCUGUCUCUCCUACCUCUGUAGAUCUGCAGAUGAUAAACAUUGGGCUGCGUGUGCUGUCCCGUCCUGUGGCCGCCAACCUGCCCGCCAUGUACCAGCAGCUGGGGAAGGACUAUGACGAGAGAGUACUACCCUCCAUCGUCAACGAGGUGCUGAAGAGCGUGGUGGCCAAGUUCAAUGCCUCGCAGCUCAUCACUCAGAGAGCACAGGUACUGCCACACAGUCUCAGGAUUAUAUGGGACAAAGGUUGUGUACCUAGCCAGUCUGUUUAAAAAGCGACUACCCCUAAAAAGCAACUUCUCGUUUUGAAAAUGGCCUAUGUGGCAUCAAUGGUCAUUAAAAAAAAAAAGAUUAUAGUGUCAAAAUAUACUACAAAGUGUAAAUAGGAUAAUUUUGUUCAUAAAGUCAGUCUCGUCCAAAACUGAGAUUUGGGAGAUAAUAGGAAAAAAUGGAAUGAAGGGUACUGUAACAGUUUUCCUUUGGUUGGGUUUAUUUCUAUCCUACCCACAGCUGGCAGCACCCAAGUAAUCAUCAAUUCGGAGCGCAGCUGCACGUAACCCAAUCGUAAUGCCCAUGGUCAAUUUGGUUUGACAUUCGAUAUCCCUAUGGGGAUAGUUAGGGACCAUUAGUAAAUUACACAAUGUACAUGGGACAAUAUUUUCAAAUGUCAAUAGCUCCAAAUUUCAAUGAGUAGGUUUACUAAUAAUUUGAUAUUAAACUGAUUAUGUCAGUAGGCAGAUUAUGCAAUAGUCAUGUAAACACCUUACUCUGCUUAUCUUAAUCAGUGUGAGGUCAAAAUCGAAGUAAGCAUACGCCGAUUAAAAACCUUGUUUUCUGAGCAAUUUUUUGAAUUAUUACGACAUGUAAACACCUUAAUCGGCGUUCUAGCGGGGUGCAUUUGAUCUGCGCAUGUGCUAGCAUCAGCCGAGCGAGCCUCCGUCUUUAGCGCGAGUGAAGUGAGUUCGGAACAACAAUGUGUGCGUCUUAGAAGUACUUUUCACUUACAAACUCUAUAUGUCUGAACAAAAAUAGCAUGGUCGCUGUGAUAGAAUGUUUAUUUUGAUUUGCAGAUUUUCUGCAUUUAUCAGCGUGCCAUCUGAUUUCAGAUGUGUCCAUGUAAACAGGAUUAUUAGGGAAAUUGUUCUUCUUCCAAAGCAUAUAAACGUUUUAAUCGAACUAUUAUAUUAAUUCGACUAUCCACAAUAAUCUCAUUGUGUGCAUGUAACCGUAAUCAUUGAUUUUAAAAACCUCAAACCAACUAUAAAUUCAUAUACAAAUAUUGAAAGCAUUUAAUGAGACAACUAAAAUAUGUGCAAUAUGAAAAUAUUUUCCCAUUUACAUUGUGUGAUUUAUUGACGGUCCUUAACUAGCCACAGAGAUACCAACUUUGCCAUGGUCGCACACCAGCUGGCUAUAGCUAAUUGGCGAAAGAAGUUGGAUAGCUCUAGCUAGCUAGUCUAGGGGACUUCGACAAAAGACCUGGUUAGACUGUUUUCAUGUUGUCUAGAAGGGACACCUACAUUAUCCCCCGAGACAACUCUCGUUUGGCUUCAGUCAUGGCCGCUGCAUUUCUUAAUGACCAAGCUGGAAAAACGAGGCCAAAUCAGGAAGUUCAGCCCCCUUUAAAAAAAACAAAAUAGAGUGAUGUGAACCAAUGCUUAUUUUUAGCCCUUUUCUUGUCUAUAACCGUCUGUGUGCUGUGUUCCUUUUGUGUAGGUGUCAUUGUUGAUUCGCCGAGAGCUGUUUGAGAGGGCCAAAGACUUCAACAUUAUCCUGGACGACGUGGCCAUAACAGAGCUGAGCUUCAGCAGAGAGUACACUGCUGCCGUAGAGGCCAAACAAGUUGGUAUGUACCUGCCACAAUGUGUGCGCAUGUGUGUUGGGGAUGGUGUAUAUGGCUGUCUGUGGAUGCAUACUUGCCUGUGUUUUAGAUUUUGUCUGCAUAUGUGUGUGGGUUAGUCAAUGCGCUAAUGUGUGUUAGUAGAUUGCUUGUGCCUGCAUAGAGUUUAAACAAAGCUUGUGUGUGUCUCCGCAGCCCAGCAGGAGGCCCAGAGAGCCCAGUUCUACGUGGAGAAAGCCAAACAAGACCAGAGACAUAAGAUUAUCCAGGCAGAGGGAGAGGCAGAGGCUGCCAAGAUGGUAAAACAUUAACCUCACCACAACCUUUGGACGACCUGUCCCCUCGUCUUCACAUGACCUUGCACGACCUCAAACACCAGGCUGAUUAUUCUAGUCAACAAUUGUUUUUUUAUUGACUUUAGCAUGUUAAAUGAAUUACAAAUUCAUUCAUACAUACAAGCAUUCAUUCUGUCUCUUUGUGUUGUAGUUGGGACAAGCAGUGACAAAGAAUCCUGGAUACCUGAAGCUUCGACGAAUUAGAGCUGCCCAGGCCAUUGCUAAGACAGUGAGUUCUAUACAGCGUUGUUCCUAUAUAAAGGAACUGGAUAUCAAUGAAUAUGUCAUGAUAAUUGUUCAGAACUACUUGAUUAAUUAGGCAUUGAGGAAAUAGUUAAUCAUCCUCAGAGGCUCUGUGAUGUUAUUGUCCUAAUCAGACAUUGUUCCAGUCAGAAUGGGGUCAAUCAUUUUAGCAGGCUGUGUUUGUUGUGGCUGUUUGGUUCUCAUUGCAAUGGUAACCCACAGUGCAGUUAGCUGGUUAUAUCAUUAUCAAUAAGGCUGAGGAAUGUCUGUUUCCCUUAUGCUACGAGCUGCUACGAGACUAGCUAUGUGACGCUGUGUCUGUCUCUGUGUAUUGUCUUUCAGGUGGCAACGUCCCAGAACAAAGUGUACCUUUCCGCAGACAACCUUGUCCUUAACCUUCAAGACGACUCUUUUAACAAGUAUGUUUCUCUUAGCUUCACUCUCUCUUAGCUUCAUUCUCAUAUCAUCAUGCCCUAGUCUGGCUCUGUCCUCUCUUUCAUGGCGCUACACCGCCCAGAUGGUUUGUUUCAGUUGCCUCAAGCAAGGUUAGAGCUGAAAUAUUGAAUGUUCAGUUUCCUGCACUAUCACAUUUCCCAUGGAAAAGUAGGAAUUCCACCAAAUUCCCUAAAGAUGCCCUGAGUUUUUUGAAGCGGCUCCAUACUGGCAUUGAUGGUAGCUUGAAGAUAACCACAUUUUUAGCAAAACCAUGACUAAUGGCUGCUCUUCUCACAUUGCCUCCAGUGUGCAUGCUGUGUCAUUUUCACAGCAUAGGCCUAUGGCCACCAGGGGUGUUCAUUUAAGCACCAAAUGGAAAACCACAACUGAAACAGGGAGGGACUAUCUGGACUUGUCCAAUAAGAAACACUACUUGUCCUUACAAAACGUUUUUUUAAAAGUUUUGUUACGUGUGCGCUAAUGAACACGACCCUGGUUUUUGCUUUCCAUGUCACUGAUUUUGCCUGGUCACUGGAAUGGAAAUGACUAGUCAGAUUAUCACACUGAAAUAGUUCUCGGCUUAUUUUAAUGCUGCCAAGGAUCUUCAAUGUCCAUACGUAACUGAUCAUAGAAACUGACACACAACCUGGUGCCAAAUGCCUGUCAUUCAUUCCUCAUACAUGUUAUAUUAUUAUACAGUUGAGAAUAAGACCGAAAAAAACCUGGGAGUACCAUAUACCAUAUGUUCAGCAAAGCAACCAAUCCAUCCCAUGCGUAUUGAUGUACUUUUGACUGAAAUCAGUCUUGUCAGAGUCUGGAGAAACCGUCAAAAAUAUGACUUAUUUUUUUUCUCUCAGAUGCUGUAAUCUCUCAUUGUAUCAUCCCUGUACGUUUUAGAGCACUUUAAAUAUACUAUGGAUUUACAUUUUUAUACUGUAUCAUUAACACGUACAACCCCCUUUGCUUGUGUUUCAGUCUAUCACUGGGAAAGAGGUAGGUUGUUGAAGGCUCUAGCAUUCCACCUGUCUGAAGCUCCAUCCACAGCUAAAACCAGUCGGUCUCUCUGUCCACCUGCCUAUAUCUCUGAUUGUAUCUCCAAGUGGCUUACCGACUCACUGGAGAAGACUCUAAAGCAUCGGAUUGCUGUGUGUAUGACAUGGAUAGGGUCAGGCGGAACCUGCAGCGAUAUAAUAUCUUCAUGCUCCCCUCCAGAAAAGAUCUGAAAUCAAUAAUGUUUGUGGGAUCAAACCAAAUAGCACUAGACUAUGAGACAUAAUUGGCUGCUUUUGUUAUUAAUAAGUUGUGCAGAUGAUGCUGUAAUGAUAUAAAUAAGGAACCCUACUUGUUCUGUCUGGCCCUAGAUGUGUACAUGUGUUUUGAGGACAGCAGGACUAGACUCUUGGUGGAUCAAAUAUGUCAGAGUGAAAUUGGACAAAGGCUGCACUGGAAUGGUGUGUGUAAAAAAAAUACAAAUAAAAUACAAAUAAAAAAAUAUUUUAAGAUGUGCUUGUGGAAUGAAGGUGAAGUUAUGACUUUGUCUUUUAUUUUAUAUGCAACUGCACUGUUUACUGCUGGGCCUAGCUGCCCUAUGUCGUUGUGUUGUUGAAUUAUGACCAUGCUAUCUGAUACGCUUCUGCUAUGGUACAGUACUACUCAGCGUGAUCAAGGUCUGCCAAAAAGAUUCCAUCCACUGGUUUGAAGUGGAGAGGAAGGCUUUGCUCUUCUAUGUAUUAUUACAUUGUUCACCUGCAGCGGAUUGAGACAUGACUGAAAAUAAAGGGGGACAGCACAAUAAAUAUUUUUUUAUUUCAAUGACCUGUUAUAUGUGUGGGUGCAUGCAGGUGCAUUUAUUGUUGUUGAAAAACACAUGCCUAUGUAAGGAAAGUCUCACUAUUUUCCACUUUCAGUUUUUCUGAGAAAUGAAAUGUUCCCAUGACUUAAUCAGACAUCUUAGAUAACAGUACAUCCUGUUAUUGUACUAGGGGGAUCUUUAGCUAUACAUUUACAAUGACAUUAAAGCCUCUACAUGACUGCUCAUCUGGAUUUAAUGUAUUGUUGCUGGCAUAUGCUUCCCUGGUGACCUGUGAGAUGGGAAUCGAACAUACAGUGCAUUCGGAAAGUAUUCAGACCCCUUCCCUUUUUCCACAUUUUAUGUUA